AUGGUCGACUUUGAAAAAGGUGCAAUGAAUGCAAUAACUUCUGAAUUUCCUGAAGCAAAACUAAAAGGUUGUUUCUUUCAUUUGUCGCAAUGUAUUUGGCGAAAAAUUCAAGCCGCAGGCCUCCAAAAAAAAUAUAUAGAUGACGUAACUUUUGCUCUACAGAUUCGUAAACUACCAAGCUUAGCUUAUGUACCAGAAAAUAAGGUUAUUGAGUCUUAUGAAAAAUUGUUGGACACCAAAUACUUUAUUGAAAAUGACGAACUACUAUCACCAAUUCUUAAUUAUUUUGACGAUACUUGGAUAGGACAUUUACCAAGAACAAAUAAUGCUGUUGAAGGAUGGCACAAUUGUUUUACAUCGAUCUUAAAUCAAUGUCAUCCAAGUAUAUGGAAAUUUAUAUUAGCAUUGAAAAAAGAGGAAAACACGAAUAAAAUAAAAAUCGAACAAUAUAUAGCUGGAGAAUGUCCACCAGCAAAAAAAAAGUAUCAAGAUAAAGCUCAACGUCUAAAGCAAAUAUGCUAUGAUUUUGAAAAUAGAUCUAUCGACGACUAUUUACAAGGAAUAGCUCAUAAUUUUCAAUUGCAAUUGUAA